AUGAAUUUAAUUAUGAUUUUGCAAGCUUUUAAUAAAUUUCUGCAAUGGUCUAUUGAACAAGUGAAUCUUUUGGCAUCGUUGAACUCAACUGAUAUCGACAACAAUAUCAAUUCAGAUUUUAAUACAGCUAAAACUAUGAUGACUGCAGAAGUCAACAAUUAUACGAUAACUUCAGCGAGCGACAAAAUGGAUUCAACCGUAAAUGAUUCUGAAUCUAAUGCAAUAUAUGAAAUGACAAAAACAACUAAAAUAAAUGAUAUUUCAGAAUAUUAUCGUGAAAAUGAAACCAAACUGAAAAUUAAUGAUUUCACUUCAAUGAUUUCUGAUGCAAAAAUGAGGUUAACUUCAAAUGGAAGCGAUACGUUUGAAGUAAAAAAAACACAAUUGAAAAUUUUGCAGUCAACAACAAAUACUACGUUAAAUAUUGACUUAGAAGUAACGAAUAUGACUGGAGAUAAUUCUAUUUCGAAUGAAAAUACGAGUACAAAAAAGAAUCACAAGUCUAAUGCUGAACUACCGAUUAAAUUUUCGGCAUUCGAUGAAGCAAAUUUGAAAGGUUUAGAUGAACAAAUUAUCAUCCAACCAGUGGUCACAUUGUCAUCCUCAUUGAGAAUGACCAAACCGAUGAAAGUAAUUGCCAACUCAAUUUUGCUAACACAAGAAAGGAUCAAGGACGAUAAUAAGGAAGAUAACACAAAAAGUGAGAAUGAAAGGGACGAUUCUGAAGUUAAGGAUAAUUUAGAAGGAAUAAAAGUCAGGGAUGAGCAAGAUGAAUUAGAAGCUGUCAAUUAUUUGAAAGAAUCAGUGAUUGAAACUGAAUUAGCAGCAGUUAAUAGUGAAGAAAGCGAAAUAGUUGAUGAUAAUUAUGAUUAUGCAAAUAUUCCGCUCACGUUUCCGUUUCAAGUUUUCACUACAACCACAAGUACUACAGUUACUUCUACUAUUGCCAGUACUUUAAUUCUAAAAUCUACCCAAAGAGCACAUGCACAUCGUCAUUUGCAUAAACAUCUUACAUAUGAUGGACAAUCACCUAUAAUUGUAACAGCAAUGUUUGAUAUUGGUCGUGGCAAAUGGCCUAAAUAUACACGAACGUAUGAACAGUAUAUGAAUUACCUGACGUAUUUAUUAAGGUUAAAAAAUCGUAUAGUAAUUUUCACGGACUCGAGAGGAGCUGAUUAUGUCCGAAAAUUAAGAAGUAAUUAUAAUACACAGAUAUUUGAAAUGUCUAUACGUGAUUUACCAUUAUAUAGAUAUCGUGAAGAAAUGAAGGAUAUUAUUAGACAUGAACAAGCAAAUUGGCAGUUUGACCCGAAAACUCGUUUCCAACCAGAAGCAAAUAGUGCUGAUUACAAUAUUCUUGUAAAUUCCAAACCAUACUUCUUGUACAAUGCGACACAGAGCAGUCGAUUUCGAAUUUCUGACUCAGUUUUUGCAUGGAUCGAUGCAGGAUAUGGAAUAAUUCCGAGCAAUUGCCAUUGGCGACCUGAUCUUCGGCGCGAUCGCAUAACUAUUAUAAAAUUGACUCCGGCACAUGAUAAAAUAUACAGGUACUCAAUUAGUAGUUUAUAUCGUGUCGAUUGGGUUGUUCUGAGCGGUGGUUUUCUUGCUGGUGAUAGUUUAACAAUAAAUCGCUUUUAUCGAUUUUAUCAUAAAACUUUUAUGGAUCUUCUUGAUUCUGGUAGAAUCGAUGAUGAUCAGACAGUACUGACUUUAAUGGUGAAAGAUUUUGCGAGUUUGUUCAGUACAGUGCACAGUAACGGUGAUUGGUUUGCGUUGUUUCGUUUGUUUCCGUGUAAAUAA